GCACAGCACUGCCCUGGGCUUUGUUUCCAGCCGGCAAUGAGAGCUAGGUAACUCAGAGGGUUUGGGGACCCUGGGAGAGAGACACAACCUGGAGAGAGCCUCUUUACCAUUGGGCUGGAUUCUCAGACCUGCACAGAAGGCUGCCAGAAACGAACCUAAGUGUGUGUGUGUGUGUGUGAGUUUCAACAGUGUUUCUGUGUCAGUGGUGGGAACCAUGAGGACUGUCUGGUUCUUUGUGUUGGUGUGCUUGAGCCUGGCAGGCCUGGCCUGGGCCAAUAAAGGCCUGGAGUUCCCUCGCUACGACGGCAAGGACCGUGUGCUGGACAUCGACAACAAGAAUUACCGCAAAGCCCUGAAAGCCCAUCGCAUGCUGUGUCUACUGUACCACGCCCCUGCACCGGCCAGCAAGGAACUGUCAAAACAGUUCCAAAUGACCGAGCUUGUGCUGGAGCUGGCUGCUCAGGUCUUGGUGAACAAGGACAUCGGUUUUGGAAUGGUCGACUCUGAAAAGGAUGCCAAGGUCGCCAAGAAACUCGGUCUACAUGAAGAAGGAAGCGUGUAUAUCUUUAAGGCUGACCGCGUGAUUGAGUUUGAUGGACUGCUCUCUGCAGACACCCUGGUGGAGUUUCUGCUGGAUGUGUUGGAGGAUCCGGUCGAGGUCAUCGAUAAUAGCCUGGAGCUACAAGCCUUCGACCGCAUGGAAGAGGACAUCAGACUCAUUGGCUACUUCAAGAGUGUGAAGUCAGAACAUUUUCUGGCAUUCAAAGAAGCUGCUGAGCAGUUCCAGCCUUUUAUCAAGUUUUUUGCAACUUUUGAUAAAUCUGUCGCUAAGGAGUUGACUCUAAAGAUGAAUGAGGUGGACUUCUAUGAGCCCUUCAUGGAGGAACCUGUCAGUAUUCCAGACGGGCCCCAUACUGAGGACGAACUUGUAGCAUUUGUUACUGAGCACAGAAGGCCAACACUAAGAAAACUGAGAGCUGAGGAUAUGUUCGAAACUUGGGAGGACGACCUAGAUGGGAUCCACAUUGUUGCCUUUGCAGAAGAGGAGGACCCAGAUGGCUAUGAGUUUUUAGAGAUUCUGAAAGAGGUUGCCAGGGACAACACGCAGAACCCCGACCUGAGCAUUGUCUGGAUCGAUCCUGAUGACUUCCCUCUGCUAAUUCCAUACUGGGAAAAGACCUUUAAGGUUGACCUCUACCGGCCUCAGAUCGGAAUAGUUAAUGUCACAGAUGCUGACAGCCUGUGGAUGGAGAUGGACGGCAGUGAUAAUUUGCCCUCAGCUGAUGAGCUAGAAGACUGGAUAGAGGAUGUGCUUUCUGGGAAUGUCAACACUGAGGAUGAUGACGACGACGACGACGACGACGACGAUGACGAGGACGAUGAUGACAGUGACGAUGAGGAUGAGGACGAUGACGACGACGAGGAUGAUGACGACGAUGAUGAUGAUGAUGACGACGACGAUGAUGAGUGAACUUUGGAUUCUGUGGAACCAAAAUCUAAUUGCUCAGGGACAGCUAGAUCCUCUAUGAGCUCCUCCACGAAAACAUAAUUUUGGACAUUUUUUGUGCAUCAUCAGCAGUCAAUUUACAACGUCACAAAUGUGUAAAUGUGUUUUAUAAACAAAACUGAUUACAAAACAGCCUUAUAUGACAGUGGAAAGACCCAAUUUAUUUUAUACAUCUAUAUCUUGCUCUGCAGGAAAAACUGUUGAAAAUAUUCCAAAUUAAAUAUUAUGUGAAAUAA